AUGGAGAAACAGUGCAAGGAAUCAGACCGAAGUUCCAACAUCUCAGAUCUCAAGCUGGAUCUGAGGACAGGAUCUUCCAAUAGUAACGUUCACUGUGAUAUGGAUUACAUUCCAGGAGCUGAAUCAGAAACCGGCAGCGAGUCUGUCAUUACCAGAAUAGGUGUUCCUUUAGCCGGGCCUGUUAAUGUUCCUGGGCAGGAUAUCUACAGGUAUUCUGCGGACUACACGGAGCCCAACUUCCCACCAAAGGAUGGUCAAAAUAACAACGGCUAUGUUCCGUACGUGGAUUAUGCGCGGGAUUAUAACCCGCCGAUGAUGCAACCUCCAAUAUCUUCCUCAUUGGAUCAUACAAGGGAAAGCCUUCAGUCUACUCGUCUCCAACUAAACUCCCUCCAAAAUCAUCAACUUCCGGUCUCGGGGUCCAGUUUGCCGUUGAACGACCUCUCAGACUUGCACUUAUCUCAUCAGUCCAUUCCCAACGGGGGAUUGCCUUCCAUAGAUCCGCGGUUUAGCGCAACUUACGGUAACCCCUACCUCAGGAACCCGAGCGUGGGUCUGCCAACGCCCAACACGGCGAAUCCCUCGGCCACACCGGCCCCCCCGCCCUACUCCAGGGAGAAUUCCAGACUAAUCAGUUCUAGUGCCAUGAUAACCGCCAGUGCCAACGUGGUGAACACAGUGGUGGCGAACGGUUCCAACGGGUCCGUGCCGCAAGUUACUCGUUUGCCGAACUCUCCCACGAGUCAGUACAUAGUGCCCAAUUCUAAUAUGGCAACACUAAAACGGGGGACAAUGGCGACUCAUGUGUAGUGUUUUUUGACUGAAAGUGUACUUUAGGUGAAAAUAUUAAUAAUCAAAAGAUUUGAACUGGUAAAAAGUCCUGAAUGUUGAGUUUUUGGUACAUAAAAGUCACUGAUUUA